AAAGAGACCGACCCGACCGACCGACAAGGCCUACAACUGACAGCAGAAACGCCUCCCUCGACGCGCUUCUGGCCCCGUCAUUGGACACUGUCAAGUCGACUUGCUAGCGCAUUGGGAAAAUAUCCACCCCACCACCAGCCCUCCGCCCUCUUAUUCAUAAGUACUCCCUCCCAACCAGCCGCGCCCUUUGCCCUCCCUCUCUCUCCCUUCUUGUCCUGUACUCUCUCCAGCACAAUCGCUACAAUCUACUUGCAGGAACACCGCGCGCCGACUACACGGCCAGUUCCAUUAGUCUCCACAUCGAGUAAGUGA